AUGCCGUCUACCGUCACCAAGCCCGAGAUUGAACACUUUGUUCCGGUCAACCCGACAUCUGAGCCAUUGGAAUACGCUGAGCUGGUCACGUUAGACCUUUCCACAUACGACAAUGGGCCCGACGCCCGCAAAAAGCUGGCCGACGAGCUGAAGCAAGCCAUGCGAACACAAGGCUUCUUUGUUGUGGUCAACCAUGGCAUCUCUAUCGAGCAGAUCGAUCGACAAGUAGAUAUUGGCUAUCAUGUGCUCACUAAGGCCCCAUUGGAAGAGAAGCAGCGCCUGGAAGGCAGGAUGAAACAAGAGGGCAGCUACCAAGAUUUCAAACUCCGCAACUACAGGCAAAUCGACCAAGGCGUCAAGGACCAGAUUGAACAAUACAACUGGAAUCGAGAUCUGACUUUGUGCGAACACCCUUCGAUUUUCACCCCCGUUCAAGGACGAGGUCCAGGAGUUGAAUGA